AUAGAGUCAAAUCUCCAUAAAAGAAGUUGCAACUUCCUCAUAGCUGUGCUUUUGCAGAACUCAUCAGAUUUGAAUUAGUUGCUCCAUAGACCACCUCAGUAGGGGAUUACUCUGAAAUUCAGUUUGUUCCACCACCUGUUACUUUGAAAUUAUUUGCAUCCAGUUCAUAGUGGACUAAUAUCCAGACCCCACAAUGACCACAGUGACCAAGAAGGAAGUGCUGAGGGACUGUCUGGAUGAGCUCACGGGGGCGGAGUUCAAGAGGUUUAAGAGCACCCUUCUGGACCAGGGCCGAAUCCCAAAGGGAAAGCUGGAGAAGGCUGACACAGACGACACUGUGGACUUGAUGGUGGAGGCACACAGCACGGGAGUCGGGGACGUAGUGUUGACCAUCUUGAAGAAGAUGAACCACAACCAGUUGGCCAAGGACUUGGAGAAACGUCUGGGAGAAUUGGGAGGCCAGGAGUGUUCCCCAGGUCAGACCCCAGGGGCUGGAGGGGGUGGAGGGGUCAAUGUGAACGCCACAGCUCAUUCUGGAGGGAAAGUGAACGCCCCAGUCAUGACCGGCUGCAACAUCACUGGUCCCCUCACCUUCAACUCAUAAAGAAGUCACCUGCCACAGCAAGAAGGGGGUCAGCUCAGAGGGGAUGGUGGGGUCAAAGGUGACAUCACUGCUCACUCUUGAGGGAAGGUGGACGCUCCUGCUUUGACUGGAGGAAUGCCCAACUUUGCUUCUCUCUUGUCUGCCAAUAUGCAUAUUGAAUAAAAAGAUACUUCUUACACAA